GAGUUAAGAGGAUCUUUAAUUUCACCCUAGAGCCGUAGAUAAUAUACAAAGUGAGACAAAAUAAUUUGUUUUGAAAAUUCAUUUUGCAUCUUAAAAAAAGUACAUUAGUAAACAGGUACUACUGUAUUUCAAGAAUCGUCUCGGUACAGUAUUGUAUAAAGCUGAAAACUCCAAGCUUCCGAGCCAUACUUCUCUCAAAAGUUGAAAAUUAGGACUUGACCCCAAGACAAUCAACUGUACUGUACCAGAUCUUAUUUUAAUACAAGUAACAGAUCUUGUUAUACAGCAAGAAAUUCUUAUAAUACAUACAAAAAUAUACAUAUCGUUAACAGAAUACUAUAUUUUUACACUAACAAAUAACUUCAUUACAUAGUAAGCCCUCAAUUGAAAUGGAAGCAUUUACUGCUAUACGCAUGGCUGUGGCCAAGCGACCAAUCGUGAGCAAUGUUAUCGUGUAUGGGCUGCUCUACACGGGUGCAGAGUUCUUCCAGCAAACCAUGAAUAAUAAAGUUUUGAUUCCAGCAAGCUCUACCCCGAAGCCAUACGACACAGCAACAAUAGCUCGUUAUGGCAUCAUGGGAACCUGUGUAUUUCCGCAUACACUCUACCAUGCGUACAAAUACUUAGACUCAAAGUUUGUGGGCAAGAGUUUACGGAUGGUGAUGCCAAAACUUGCCGCAGAUGCCCUUGUUAUCACCCCCAUUAACCUUACACUGUUUUAUGUUGGUAUGAGUGCCUUAGAAGGAAAAGAAGAUUGGCUAGAAGAAUGGAGGAAAAAGAUCAUCCCUACAUUUGUGACGGCUAGCGUGUUUUGGGUUCCAGUAUCUCUGAUCAACUUCAGAUUCCUGCCCCCUCAAGCACGUGUAGUAUUUGUUGGUACAUGUCAGGUCAUUUGGGUGUCAAUACUGUGUUGGUUCAAGCGGCAGGAAUACUAAGCUUACUCACAGUUAACUAUGUAAGAUAAUUCUAUUUAUGUAAAGGUAGGUGCAUAACUGACAUUCACUAAACUGAUUGUGACACUAAAAAAAAAAUUACCUGUUGUAUAUUGUAAAGUAGUAGAAAUGCACUGUAUUAUUUCAUGAAAUUUGUUUUUUCAAUGAGUAGUGGAGUUUGUUUGUCGCUGCUCCUUGUGCCUCUUUAGAGGGGGGGGAUGGUGGCUCAUGGUCCCCGUUAGGACUAAAAGAACUCGGCAUCUGAUAGUACUUGUUAGUUUGGCACCAUAGUUUAUGUUCUCAACAAAAUUAGUAAUUUCUUGGUGAAUACUGUACCCUAGUGCAGUCUUAACAUUAUACAGCAGUACAGGUAGUGGCAAAAAAGUGGUGGAGGUUUUGUUGAGGGGAUGGAAUGUGUGUCUCGCAGUAAGCGCACUAGAUCUUGGGCAUUAUGGUCCUGCCACAGACACAUGCUGAUGAAGUGUUGCUCACUUUGGAUACAGGAUAACAACACAGUCCAAUAUAACGUAGUUCAGCCCAGACGAUAGAGCUCUGUAUUGGCAUAAAAAAUACAGUAAUGCCUACCGAGUUCUUCAAUUGCUCAAAACAGUUUACUGUCUACCUUAAUUUAUCUGGCUUGACAGCUUAACCUAUCCAAGAUAUAAUACUGUGUAUUAGUCCCAAAAAUAGCUUAUUGGUAAAUGUUGGAUUUUCUGUUGGUUUCCAAUUGAAGAAUGUAUAAACUGCAUUUAAUAAAUGGCCAUUUAAUAUGAAGACAAAGAUGAGAUCAUUAAUUUUUGUGAACAAUUCUUUCUUUAAUUGUUUAAAUUAUUAAGAUACAUUUUUGAUAGUUGCAGGCGAUGAGUCACAAUAAGGCUGAAGUAUGUUGACCAGACCACACACUAGAAAGUGAAGGGACGAUGACGUUUCGGUCCGUCCUGGACCAUUCACAAUUAACUUGAGAAUGGUCCAGAACGGACCAAACGUCGUCGUCUCUUCACUUUCUAGUGUGUGGUCUGGUCAACAUUUUUUAUAGUUGUCAGUCUCAACUCCAAAACUCAGAUGGUAUAUGUAUUUCAGAUAACUUGCAAAUAAAUAUUCAAAACAC